UCGGGCGAGCCAGCGAGCCCCGUGUUUAUUACAACCCCACGCGAAGCAUCGCCCGCGAAGAAAGAAGGGGAGAGGAGCUCGGGAUCUCAAGGAAAGAGAAGGAGGAGAAGCCCAGGAGUCCGCACGGCGGCCGGCUCUGUAAAUACUCCUCCCCCGCUUCGCGUCUUCACGUUUUUCUUUUCGGACUCUUGGCGUCGUACGAGAUCUUGCCGCCGGCUGUCGAGCUCGUCGUCGGAGGGAUGGCGAUGUCGAGGGCGAGCUCCGGUCCCGCUUACCCCGAGAGGUUCUACGCCGCUGCCGCCUACGUAGGAUUCGGCGGAUCCUCCAACCCCUUCUCUUCCGGCGCGAUCUCCAAGUUCCAGAAUGAUGUCGCUCUCUUGCUCUACGGGCUCUACCAGCAAGCAACAGUAGGGCCUUGCAAUAUUCCAAAACCCAGGGCAUGGAAUCCUGUGGAGAACAGCAAGUGGACCAGUUGGCAUGGGCUUGGAAACAUGCCGUCAGCAGAGGCAAUGCGUCUUUUUGUGAAAAUUUUGGAGGAGGAGGAUCCUGCUUGGUAUUCAAGGGUCGCUGUGGAGCCUACUGUAGAUGUUGAGAUGCAUAAGCCAAAAGUGGAGCCAGCAACUCAGUCUGCUACCCCUAACGGAAAUUCGUUUCCAGAGCCUAAAACUAUUUCAGCAGAAAAUGGAAGUGUGCUGGAGACCCAGGACAAAGAUGUCAUAAUGGAGGGUCUUAGUUCAAUUGGGAUUUAUGACCAAUGGGUUGCACCUUCAAUAUCUGGACAGCGCCCAAAGCCCCGCUAUGCGCAUGGAGCAGCUAUUGUGCACGACAAGAUGUAUGUUUUUGGCGGAAAUCACAAUGGUCGUUACCUUAAUGACCUUCAGGUUCUGGAUUUGAAAAGUUUGACAUGGUCGAAGAUAGAGGCUAAAGCACAAACAGGAUCCCCAGAAUCACCAACCAUAGUGCCAGUAGCUCCUUGUGCUGGCCAUUGUUUGAUUACAUGGGGAAACAAAAUUUUAUCUGUUUCUGGGCACACCAAAGAUCCUUCUGAGACCAUUACAGUGAAGGAAUUUGAUCUGCAGAUUUGUAUGUGGUUGGACUUGAAGACUUAUGGGAAGCCACCGAUUUCCCGUGGAGGCCAAUCAGUGACCCUUGUUGGGAACACUUUAGUCAUGUUUGGUGGUGAAGAUGCAAAGAGAUCUCUUCUAAAUGACUUGCACAUUCUCGACUUGGAAACCAUGACCUGGGAUGAAAUUGAUGCUAUAGGCACUCCUCCUUUGCCAAGGUCAGACCAUUCUGCUGCUUGCCAUGCAGAGCGGUAUCUUUUAAUUUUUGGUGGGGGUUCUCAUGCCACAUGCUUCAAUGAUCUGCAUGUCCUUGACCUGCAGACAAUGGAAUGGUCUAGACCAAAACAGCAGGGUGUAACUCCAGGACCACGAGCUGGCCAUGCAGGUGCAACAGUAGGGGAGAACUGGUUUAUUGUUGGUGGUGGUAACAAUAUGAGUGGGGUCUCUGAAACUCUUGUGCUAAACAUGUCUACAUUAGUUUGGUCAGUUGUUACCACUGUUCAACGACGUAUGCCCCUUGCCAGCGAGGGCCUGAGUUUGGUUCCGAGCACCUACAACGGAGAAGAUUUUCUUGUGUCAUUUGGAGGAUAUAAUGGGCGAUAUAGCAAUGAGGUCUAUGUGCUUAAACCAAGCCACAAAGCAGAUUUGCAGUCCAAAAUUUUAGAGGGGCCUGUGUCAGACAGUGUUGCUGCCCUGCUGCCAACAACAAAUGCCAGUCGGGACAUGGAACCUGAGAUUGAGGCAGCUCAAGAUGGAAAAAUAAGGGAAAUUAUGAUGGACAAUGGUGAUCCAGAGCUUGUGGAUAUCAGAAGUGAGGAAACAAGUGAACAGCUGGUAGCAACACUCAAGGCAGAGAAAAAGGAAUUAGAAGCAAUGCUUAACAAGGAACAAUUGCAAACCCUCCAAUUUAAGAAAGAGCUAGCUGAAGCAGAGACUAGCAAUGCAGAACUUACGAAAGGCAACUUCAAUCUGUUCGUAGGCCAGCUUGCUGCUGAGCAGUCAAGGUGUUUCAAACUUGAGGUUGAUGUUGCAGAGCUAUGCCAGAAGCUACAGACAUUGGAGACAUUACAGAAGGAAGUGGAGCUGCUUCAACGACAGAAGGCUGUCGAACAGGCAGCCUUGAGUGCGAAGCAGAGGCAGAGUUCUGGUGGGGUGUGGGGAUGGCUCCUGGGAAGCCCUCCUGAGGAGUCUGAUUCUUGAUAGCAUUAAUUUUAAAAACAAACCCAUCACCCAAACCCGUACAGGUCAAUGUGAUAUUAUUCAGCAGCAUUGUUGAUCCUUGUUUACAUUCUUUGUUGGUCUGUGUUCGUUCUCAAGUUUAUGGCAAUAAGUGAUAAAAGUUUAUUAGCCUAGAUGGUAUUCUGCAGUUCUUAUACAAAUACUUCUCUUUUUAUAUUUACGAGCUGUACCUGAAGCAUAUUUUUUCUUUUUUCUUUUUUUUGUUUGGAUAUAGUGCUGUUUUUUCUCUGGGACUGUCAAUUGUAAUGACAUAAUGCAUCAUCUGAUGAGGUCAUUUGAUUUUA